CACUAACAGUCCCUCCCCACCAGCUGCCUGUGUGUCCUCAUACUGUAUCUGACACUGACAGUAUCUGUGGAGUCAAGAGAAGAAGUCUUCUGGUUAUUUUACAUUACAACAACAGCAACAAUAACAGCGCUGGUUUCUUGUUUUUUUUUUUCUGUCUUUUUUUCUUUUUCUCUGGAGUUGCUGUCACUGAAAGCAGACAACAACACACCGAUUUACUGCCUGUUUGGUUAACUGUUAUAUUUACGCCAUGAGGAGCAGGAGCGUCUUUAUGUCAAGAAAAUCAAGGUACGUUUUAUAUUCAUAAAUCCAUUUUCUCUGUUGUAGUUUUUAAAUUUGCCACCCUUAUUUCCUGAUUAACAAUUGAUUAAGACUUUUGAGUAUUUCUGGUCGAUUAAUCCGCAUCAUCUUGAUUCAAACUAGUUUAUUGGUCCCACAAACUUAAACGUACUUCUGCCGUCAUUUUUAAUUUUUGUUGUCAUUGUUUCCCCUCCUUAAACAUGUCUGAUUUAGUUGUUCAUGCCAAGGGAUAUCAUAAUUAAUGGCAUCAUAAUGCAUCUUUGAGCAGAUUUGUGCAUCCUUUGUGUUGUUCCUCCCUUGAUGCCUUAUUAAUCCAGUGAUUAUUGGGAGUAAAAACAGCUUAAUGCUUAAUGACCUCUUUAAUUAAUAAGAAAGCCGGGCUGUCCCACAUACUUAAUGCAAUGAUUUCCCCCGAGGCUGCACAGGUUUGUCAUCAACUGUUCUGUUUCCCACUAUUGUCUGGGAUGCAUCUGCUCAGGAGUCAGCUGCCUGAUGCACAGAUUCCCUCAAUGUCUCCUGGCAACAAAUCUAUUUUACACUUUAUGAGCUAUGAAUAAACUUUGUUAUUGUUGGGUUGUGUUUGUUUUUUAAGACUUAUUAUGGGAGUAUGUAUUUUUUUUAUUUUUCCUUUUCAUUUAUUUUUUAGUUUUUCAUUUUAAUGGGAUAAAAUCUUUUAUCUCCUCAUAGAUGUCUCUUUGUACCAGUUUAAUCCUGUCACAUCACAAACCCCACCUCUGAGCAUCUCCACCUCCACAAACCAGCCAUGAAGUCAGCUCUGCACAGGAUAGCAGGCACCACAAUGACCACGCUAACGACAGGUGUCCAGUAUCUCGGCUCCAAUGAUGCCAGUUAUGAUGACCCCUUCGUGGACUCAACUCUGAUCAAAAACAGAUUUCACUUUGAGAAACCGUCCUCGCUGAGUAACUCCUUACACGGGUUUGUUCCUGGGGGUAAAGAGGUCAUUAUCGGCGGGCUCUCACCAGUUUCCCCGACCAACGUGACUGACUUCCUGCUGAGUAAUGUCAGCUCUGUGGAAGGUGGGGGAGCAGCACAGUGUGGAGAGGACAUGGUGGACAACAUGGAGUGUUUUAUGAUUCUGACUCCGGGUCAGCAGCUCGCUGUUGCCAUUUUGGCGCUCACGUUGGGUACAUUUACAGUCUUGGAGAACCUCAUUGUGCUGUGUGUAAUCCUGCACUCACAAACGCUACGUUCUCGGCCUUCCUAUCAUUUUAUCGGCAGCCUUGCGGUGGCUGACCUCAUAGGCAGCAUCAUUUUUGUUUACAGUUUCCUAGACUUUCAUGUUCUCCACAGGAAGGACAGUCCCAAUGUUUUUCUCUUCAAGCUGGCUGGGGUCAUCGCCUCCUUCACGGCCUCUGUUGGCAGUCUGUUUCUCACCGCCAUUGACCGCUACAUUUCCAUCCACAGACCUAUGGCAUACAAACGCAUCGUCACAAAGACAAAAGCAGUCAUCGCCUUUAGUUUGAUGUGGACCAUUUCUAUAGUCAUCUCACUGCUGCCUCUGCUGGGGUGGAACUGCAAGCGCCUCAACUCCAUCUGCUCAGACAUUUUCCCGCUCAUUGACCAGAAGUACCUGAUGUUCUGGCUCGGUAUGACCAGCAUCUUGGUGCUCUUCAUUAUCUACGCCUAUAUAUUUAUCCUCUGGAAGUCACACAACCAUGCGGUCCGCAUGCUGAGCCGCACAUCUCAGAGAAGUGUGAUAGUCUAUACCGCGGAAGGAACCAAAGUGCAGACCGUUAGGCCCGAGCAGGCCCGCAUGGAUCUGCGUCUGGCUAAAACCCUGGUCCUGAUCCUGGUGGCCCUCAUCAUCUGCUGGGGCCCACUUCUGACCAUCAUGUUCUACGACAUCUUCGGGAAGGUGAACGACUUCAUCAAGACCGUGUUUGCCUUUUGCAGUAUGCUGACCUUGCUCAAUUCCACCGUGAACCCUGUGAUCUACGCCAUGAGGAGCAAGGACCUGCGCAGGGCCUUCCUAAACAUCUGCCAAGUGUGCCGAGGAGCAACGCAGACUCUGGACAACAGUGCUGAGAGCGACUGGAACAGCAGGAGCGUUAGAAGUACAGCAGGCAGGGCGGGGAAAGAUGGAGUUGGCUCUGUAAAGGCUCGAGUGAAAGUAGCUCAAGUUUCUGUUUCUGGAGCGACCGAGACUUCUACAGCAGAGCCAGUCUAAAAGACGAGGUCCGGUACAACUAAUGUAGGGAAGUACUGACCCACCUAGUCCUCAGCUCUGUUACUGUGAAAUGUGCCAAAACACGACUUCGAUACAAAACUGAAAAACUCGUUUUUGUCGCAGCAAAGCUGAAAUCUGUAAUAUUUUAAUGUAUAUUAUUCCGCUUAGAUGUUUGAUGGAGUGUGAGCAGUCUCUUAAAACUGUGGAUUUUGGAGGGAGAACAUAGCACCCUUUCUUUGCUAGUUAGGUUAAACAAAUUUCCUUGACAAUAGCAUUUUACAAUAGCAAGGGUUUUGUUCACAAGAACUAACUGGCUCAUGGGCAUUUUGUAAACAAAAACCUUUACAAUCACUACGCUGUGCUGUGUUUUCGCUGUAGUUUAAAUUUGUAUGAAGUUACAGAUUUCAGCUUUAAGUUACAGGUAUAGUGUUCCUCUUGAGUUUAUUUUCAGACAUCAGAUCAUAGCAAUAUUGUGGCAGUAAAGUUGAGUGAAACUUUGUCUGUUAUCAUGCAAAAUGUCAGUUGAAUAAAUAAAAGCACAAUGCUUGUAAGUAACAUUUGUGAACGGUAAGUUUCAAUGAUUUUAAACAUUGUGUAAGACCAUAUCGUGAAAUUUGGCGUUUAAAUGUUAUUCUACUUUAUUUUCAGCAUAAUUUGGUCAAGACAUGGCAAAACAUGGACGGUGUCUUGAUCAAAUCAAAACUUUAUUCUUUAGUGAUCUGGGGGAUGUCAUGUAACUGCUUAUUACAUAUGUGCUUGUCAGACAGGUGCAGCAUUUUGUGAGAAGCUUCUGUGUUUCUGUGAAGCAUCCAUUGUGUGGAUGUGUCCCAUGACUGUGUACAAGCAAGGACACAAAUUCAAUAAAAAUGUGAAAUUUGUCUAUUUUUUCCAUAAUUUCUUCAGCACAAUUGGUUCCUUUUUUCAAUAAAAUAAUGGAAUUCUGGUUAAACAUUA